AUGCCAGUGGUCCAGGAUCUCCUCGUACGACAGGUCCGAGUCGGAGUCCGCGUCCCCGUAGCCGCCAGGCGACAAAUCGGAGUGCGGUGGCUUGUGCCACAGGCCGCCGGGGACGAGCAUCCCCGUCCCGGCGCCGCCGACAUCCGUCAACGUGCGGGGCAGGCUCCACCUCUCGGCUCUUUCCCUUGCGCUGGGAAAGACACGACAGGUUCAGCUCCUG